GAUGUCGAAUCACCACACGGAGAGGGUGCAUGUCUGACCAAAAGGGGUAUAAUCUACUGUAAAAAUCGUGAUUAAUUUCACAGUCCAAAUCUAACUGGAGCGGCCGGAGGGCAGAACCCGACUUUUUUCUUUUCUCUUGCAUUCGAUCGAUUGAAUUGUUUCUCGAUGAAGAAUCUUGAUUUAUUGAUAAUCGAUGCGCCCUCGCUAGCGACUUAUGUUGAUUAAUAAUUAUGUCGAUAUUGAGAGGAGCGUUGGGUGACAGGAACAUGUGGAUGUACUACUCUGUACUCAGCUUAUCGUGUUAUAAAUCAAGUGUUGUUAAGUGAAUUUGAGAGCGGGUUUUUUCGUCUGACGAUUAUCGGGCACUGGUUAAUUGCAGAUAAUUGCCAUUGUCGACGGUGAAUCGACCCUCCAGCUCCUCGAUAAAUGCCGCAAGCACCGGCCUCAAGCUCACCCCCAUAAAAACCAUCAAUAGAUGACACAAUCGAAGAAUAUGGAAUCUCAAGAAUGGCUCCACUACUAUAAACCCAAUACUCACUUCAAUGCAUCUUAACAGACGUGUAAAAUUAACUUCGCCUAUUCGUCUCGUCCUCGACUUUCCACGAAUAUUCGAAUCGUCUCUCUCGUUUUGAGUUCACGUCAUUAGAGGGUUUAUUUUAGGAAUUUGGAGCGACUGGCGCAGGCUCCAGACGCGAAAUUCAUCGGCAUUUUCAUCACAUGAUGUGCGGACUCAUCAGCUGCACGACAGAAUGACGAUCUUGUACGUCAAAUGAUUUUUUCCCCUCCAGGGGAGAGAUAUGGAAGUCAAUUCGACGAUUGGGAAUGCAAACCGCGGGUGAUGGACUUUCGACUUUGAUAAGUCAAUUUGGAGCACUUCUGGCAGCUGGGGUAGUCCAGCAGGUCAUGGGGUAGAGCACUCCGGUGAUGACUAACAUGAGGGAGACACCCGACUGCAGUGAGAAUCGACUGCGAUUCAUCGAAAAUCAACACGUAAUUUGGGACAAUCGUAGCAAAUAGUCUUGAUACGCAAAUGGUUUUAUCAUAAUUUUAUUCAAAUGUUCAAAGACUGAUUCUGGCUGAUAUUCCCAUGAAUGCAUCACCACCUGUCAACGUCAGAACAUCACGAGAUAAUUAGUUCGUUUGUCUGUGGAUUUUCCGGUGAAAUUCCGCUCAAUAUCGAUCUCCCGGGGCGGGGGUGAGUGAUAGACAAUUUGAGGGGAAGUUUUUGGUUGCGAGGGGAUGUGAUACGCGUCGACGAGAGGGAGUGGGACGGUUUAUGGUGGAGAAUGUGACUCUCAGACAUGUGACGAUUAGGUACUUGGGUGGUCAGGUGAGAUAAGAGGGAGUUGCGGGUACAGUUGUAAAGUGGUGAGGAGGAGGCCGGAGGAGACAGGAUGGGUUGUGGGCAGAGCAAGAUUGGGAAUAUCUACUUGAAGAAUAGGAAGAACAAGGAUGGCAAGGAUGGUGGGAAGAAACAGAGUGAAUCGUUGGGAUCAGCCUCCAUUGACCAGAAAAAUGGAAGUGCCAAAAACAACAAAACCAACAACAAUGGGGUGGAGCUCAAUAGAAAUGAAGAUCACAAUGGCAUUGACGUGAAAAAUCCAACAAAAAAGAAGAGUGGAAACGGACCGCUGCUGCAACAGGCGGAGGUGUCGUCCAGCCAACUCGACUUUUUCCGCAUGCUGGACGAGAAAAUUGAAAACGGGCCAGAUUACGAUGAAACAUCAGACGUUACGAUCGGCACUGAGGGAAUAACCGAUCUCCUUCGCCGUUGGGAGUUGAUGGGCAUGACCUGGUCAAGUGUCAAUGAUUUAAACUCAACCAACAUGACCAGUUCACAUGUGCUCAAGGAUGCCCGGCCCAGUCUCACGGCCAGAGAUCGCGAAGGCAUGAGAAAUAUUAUCGGUGGAAGACCAGAGACCGCUCCAGUGUUCAUUCGCAAUGCCAAUCGUGCUGAUGGCUUGCAAGAUGUCAAUUGUCCAUCGCCAAAUAUGCCGAGACAUCCAUUAGAAUCAAUAAGCCAGAGUCCAACGCAGAGUGUCAAGCACUCAACACCACCUGGAAUGUCACCUACGGGCCUCCAUUAUCAUGAUAACAAGGAGUACAAUAAAAAUAUUAGACAGACUAGCCAAUGCAAUCAAAAACGUAGUUAUCAGCAGAAUCAAAAUGAUUUUGUAACGCAACAGGCACUCUAUCGUGAACAAUAUCUCCAACAGACUGGGAUUAUUUCAGUUCAGCCUCAGUAUCAGGGGGGUAAUGUACUGAGAAAUAAUCCUUAUGUACAUCAAUUUCAAUUGACGGGUCAGGAACAUUUUGCUGAACAAAAACGGUCAUUCAAUUCUGUUGAAUUAACGUGACCUGUGAUCAAUGAGCUGUUGAUGAGAUAAAGAGACUGAUGCAUUCUUCAAAUUAUAUCGAGAUUAGGAAGGGUUUUGGAAAAUAUUUUAUGAUUUUCUGUACCUGAUGUCCAAAGCAAAAUUCACGAUGUCUCGGUGUUGAUGGAUGGGGGAUUUUCUUGGAUGAAAAUCGUGGGCCUAAGGGGGAUGUUUCUUAUUCAUCGAAUAGGGGGAGAAGUUGUUGGAGAAAAUUCCAGAUGAUAAUUUAGUAUUCACCAGCUCGAAUAUCGACUCGUUCAUGUUUUAUCAAUUUGCUACCGGAGUAAUCCGUAAUUGUGUCAAAAUAAUGAGAAAAACGAAUAAAAAAAUAUGUAGAAGAACCCAGCGAAUGCAGUAGGGAAGUCUAUUGAAUUUCUAUUAGUUGUUGAUCGACUUGAUUGAAAUGAUCAAUAGAAAAUAUGUGGUAGAAAAAUUCACGAGAUUUAAAUUUUUAUAGACAUUUUAUUUACUUAUGGAUCAGUCUUUUUAGAAUGGGCCAGAAUAAAUGGAAAACUAAAAUGAAGCUCAAUUCCUUCUUUGGGAAAGUGGAGAAAUGAGGUAAAUUAGCUUAUCUCGUUCUAGCACUUCACUAUAAAAUUCUCUAACCAAUUUGCUAGGUUGUUCUAUCAUUUUUUCUGUCCUGAGAACUGUUUUCUGGCCUUUCAUACCAAUUUGAGACUCAACUCCAGGAAUUUCCUGACAUCUCCUUCUACGAGUAUUCGAGCAGAAUAUGAGAUGUUGAAAAUUGAUUGCAACCCCUGGAGGGUUGCACUUGCUUUCUGUGGAAAGAAAUAUUCGAAUAAGGAUUAACGAUUAAGAUGUUGUAUAGCAGCUACAAGUUGAGAAAUUUCUCAGUAUAAUAUAUUAUCAGUGUAUAUUGUUAAAUUAGGAAUAUCCCUGCGCAUCCGUUGGCGCAGGGGUAAAAAGUAAUGAAGAUUUUUUCUGCGCAUUGAAAAUAAUAAGAAAAUGUUCAAAUUAUUGUAUCUUUCUAUUUUAAAACUUCAGUUAACUGUUCAUUCUAUUCAUGUGUCCAUUUUCAGUGACAAUGUAGACAUUGAGUCCAGUGCGUACAUGUGGAAUUGACUUUCGAAAACUAUUUACAUUUUGUCGAUUGGGAAAUCUAGUCGAGGUAACGAGUUUACGAACUAUUUUCAGAGAUUCAUUAAAAAUAGGAGAUUGAGAACUAUAAAUGGAUUACUGUUGCCGACAUAUCAGCAAUGGGCCAAAUGUUGUAUUCAACGAUUUCAUGGAACUAAUCAACGAUUUUUCGAUACAAAAAAAGUUGUUUCUAAUCUAAUAUUCAAAACUGGCCUUUCAGUGAUUUGUCUCUUGAUAUUGUUAAACGUUUUUUUAAUGUCAACAGUUGUGAUGUAAUAGAAAAUUCUUGAGUAAUUUAUGAAGAGAAUAAUUCUAAAUAAUGACAUAGUUUUUGAAAUUCAACAGAAUUGAACAUUGAUGUGACAAAUGAAAAAAUCUCCAGAAUGAUUUCAUCUGUAAGUUUUUCAAUGAAUACAAAAAAGGGAGACCUUCGAUGCACCUGGGGUCACGUCCCCUCGGAUGUCAUGCAGCUGUCAGCAAGGCUGUCUUGUAACUCGGUCUCGAAGAAAUUAUUAGUCGAUAAUGAUUUUACACAUGAACUAGUCAUCGAUUCAAGGUGACCAUGUUAAUCUGUUUAUUCAGUUCUUUCCGUGAGGCAAUUUAACUGAACAAUUCAGAACUUCCGUUGAGAAAUUAUCACUUUCUAAUUAUUGUUAAAAAUUCUUUCUCGAUUGGUUUUACUUUUGAUUUUUAAUGCAUUUAAUUUUGUUCUGAAAACGCGCGGAAACUGCGGUGUAUCAUCAUGAUAUCAAAUUGAUUCGCUUCGGUUUCAUUAGCCGAAUUAAUCUAUUCAACUAAAAACUGUAUCUCGAACAAGAAUACGUCAACUGCAUUGUAAACUUAUAGUCACAAACUGAAUACGAAUCAAAGAAAUUGCAAAGAUUUUCUUUCAUCCUUAUAUUUUAAACGCAAUUCCUGAAUGUUUAAUCGUACGGAAUUCGCGAUCGAUAAUCAAUGUAAUGAUUAUAUAUUUAUAUGUCUGAAUUAUCGAUAAAAGCAGUAUCAAAGAAAUAUACGAAUGUAGAUACAAGUUGUGAAAGUAGUUGCUAUCCAUAGUUGAUGAUUGAGAAAAUUUUAUAUUUCAUGUUACAUGCGAUAAUUUUCAGAACAGAGAAGAAUUAUAUUUUAUAUUUUACUGUAUCGUGACAUGAGAAGAAACUUUUUUUUACUUUUGAUUGUAUUGGUUUAGGAUCAUCUUCAUCUUCUCUUCAUUUUUCAAUAAAAAAUCGAUUGACAACCGAA